AUGGCUGUCCCUCCCAAGUUUGCAGGCCACAAGCUCGAAUUCGCCCCGCCGGCCGCUUCAAGCUCGUCGGUCCCGCGCGCAACUCACACCUUUGAGCUCUACCUCGACUACUGCUGUCCCUUCUCUGCAAAGAUUUUCAAAACUCUCACCACGCAAGUGUUCCCAGCCAUUCGCGAGAACUCCGUCUGGGCCAACAGCCUCACCGUCGUCUUCCGCCAGCAGGUGCAGCCAUGGCACCCCUCUUCGACGCUGAUGCAUGAGACCGGGCUCGCGGUGCUGCGUCUGGCUCCCGAGAAGUUCUGGGCGUUUAGUGGCGAGCUAUUCGCGGUGCAGACCGAGUUCUAUGACAUAAGUGUCGUCAAUGAGACUCGGAACAAGACUUACCGUCGCCUGGCCAAGGUCGCUGCCAAGGUUGGUGUCAGUGAGGACGAGGUCUACAAGCUGUUGGCCAUUCCUGAGAAAGCCGGAGAGGACGGAUCGCUGAACAGCGGCAAUGCCGUGACCAACGACUUGAAGGUUGUCACCAAGAUGAAUCGCCUGAUAGGCGUCCACGUUACUCCUACGGUGGUUUUUGAUGGCGUUGUUCAGGAUACGAGUUCUGGGUGGACGCUGGAUCAGUGGAAGGAGUUUUUCACCAAGAACAUUGGUUAA